UUCCCAUGGCGGCAGCGGCCAACUGUACUCCUCCGGGAUCUUUAGACGUGCAGCAGCCCGGCUUUUCCAAGAUUAUCCUGGGAACGAAACUGGAGGAUAAGUACCUGUGCUCCGCCUGCAAGAACAUCCUGCGGAGACCGUUCCAAGCCCAGUGCGGCCACCGCUACUGCUCCUACUGUCUCAGCAGCAUCAUAAGCUCUGGGCCUCAGAAUUGUGCUGCUUGCGUUCAGGAGGGAAUAUUCGAAGAAGGCGUCUCGAUUUUAGAAAGCAGCUCGGCUUUUCCGGAUAACGCUGCCCGGAGAGAGGUAGAAAGCCUGCCGGCCUUCUGUGUCAACGAUGGAUGUGCGUGGAAGGGGACCAUCAAGGAAUAUGAGGCCCACGAUGAGACCUGCCCCCGGUUCCCCUUGACGUGCGAAGGCUGCGGGAAAAAGAAAAUUCCGCGAGAGAAGUUUCAGGACCACGUAAAGACGUGCGGCAAAUGCAGAAUUCCCUGCAAGUUUCAGGUGGUCGGCUGCCCUGAAAUGGUGGAGAACGAGAAGCUGCAGGAGCACGAGAGUCAGUGGGUGGCCCGACACCUCUGCAUGCUGCUGAGCUACGUCCUGGAGACCGAGGCCCGGCACGGGAAUGGCGGGAAUGUCCCGGGGCCGGGCGACGGGAACGUCCCGUUGACCAUCUCCUUCUCCGGCGGGCCCGGGCCGGCCCCCUCCGCCGAGCUCCUGCACAGGUGCGAAGCCCUGCAGAGGAAAACCGUCACCUUCGAGAACAUCGUCUGCGUGUUGAACCGCGAGGUAGAGCGGGUCUCCGUGACAGCCGAGGCCUGCAGCCGGCAGCACCGACUGGACCAGGAGAAAAUCGAAGCGCUUAGUUCCAAGGUCCAGCAGCUGGAAAGGAGCAUCGGGUUGAAAGACUUGGCCAUGGCCGACAUGCAGCAGCAGAUCCACGACAUGGAGGCGUCCACGUACGACGGCAUCUUCAUCUGGAAGAUUACCGACUUUGCCAGGAAACGCCAGGAGGCUCUUGCCGGCCGCUCUCCCGCCAUCUUCUCCCCAGCCUUCUACACGAGCAAGUACGGCUAUAAGAUGUGUCUGCGGAUUUAUCUCAACGGGGACGGCACCGGCCGGGGGACUCACCUCUCUCUGUUUUUCGUGGUGAUGAAAGGACCAAACGACGCGUUACUCCGCUGGCCCUUCAACCAGAAGGUGACCCUGAUGCUGCUGGAUCAGAACAACAGAGAGCACGUCAUCGACGCGUUCAGGCCGGACGUGAGCUCGUCGUCCUUCCAGAGGCCCGUCGGCGACAUGAACAUCGCCAGCGGCUGUCCCCUCUUCUGCCCCGUCUCCAAAAUGGAGUCCAAGAACUCGUACGUGCGCGACGACGCCAUCUUCGUCAAGGCCAUCGUCGACCUGACGGGCCUCUGACGGGAGCCCGGGGCCGGUCCGCUUCAGAAACGGCUCAGACGGGGCCCCGGCCGAGGCCGGAGGGCACGCUCCGGGGCCUCGGGGGGCUGGGCGGGGGAAGAGCCCUCGGCCCCCGCACCGGGAGAGGGGGUGGACGGAGAGGAUGGAUGACCUUAGGAGCGCAGACUCCGGCCGCCGGUCCCCGCGCGGUGCCGAGGAAGGGCUCCGUCGCCCGCCGGCUCCGGUCCUCGGAGGACUCGGAUGGGGAGCCGGGCGACGGCGAGACGGAGGAGAUUUCUCCGCAGGGGCCGCUCGGCGAGCCAUCCGCGGCCCCUCCCGGGAAGACGCGGGAGCGGAAGGAAGCCGGGAGGACGGCUGUCCGCUGCCGGUGGCGGGAAGGACUCGUUCUUCUCUUUCUUCCCCCCUUUCAGGCCCGCUCCGGUCCGUCGGCCGCCCCGGACUCCGGGCGGGAAAGCCGGUUGGCGUUCGGUUCCAGAGAACCGCCUGGCCCCGUUACCGCCGUGGGCAGUAGGAAGUAGAGCGAGACGACUGAGGCGUCGGGGCUUUUUUGGCUUGGGUUUUUCUAAGGAAGUCCGGCCCGUUCGUGGGCGGGGCGAACCCGGCGGCGGUCAGCUCUGUUCCUCCUCGGGGGCUCCGGCCCGCUCUGGUGUCGGCCUAGGCGUCUUUGUGGGGGUAGGGAGGAGGAGCGUUCCGCACCGGACCGUCCCGGGAUCCUCGUGCGGUGGGCCCGGGGACAGAGACCCUCCCUCUCGCCCACCGGGAAGAACCGGGGGCCGGUACUCGACGUGAAUCCACCGUGGCGGCGGCGACUGGGCCGGCCCCAGGCCCGCGGGGAGAAAGACGAGGCCCCGAGAGUCUUCAGUUCUUCAUCCCCGAGCCCCUCGAUGGGCACGGGACCCUCGGAUUGGCGUCUUCUUCCACCCAAGGGCCGGGAGAGCCGGCCACGGUCGCCCAUCGGGCGCCCGGGGGGACCCCCGGAGUCCUCGCCGGACCGAGGAGCGGGGUUUCCUGUGGCACGGAGCGGGCCUCGGACCCCUCCCCGAGUACAGAACUUCCCCGCCUGUCUGCGGAAGCAGGAAG